GGUCAGACCAGGCCAAGCUAGACCCUAAUCACUAACAGACAAACUGUGCUUUCACGCACAGAGCCCCGCUAUAAAAGCCAGAAACAGCCGUUCUGCUGGUGGAGUCAUGACGGAGAGCGGCGGGGCUCUGGAGCGCCUGAGGAGGUGUUGCUUUCCCUGUAAACCACAGUCUCAGUCCUGGCCUCCAUCGUGCUUCACUCAAGACAAAGCUAUGACUGCCUUUAAGGGCAUCUGGACCAAGGAGUUCUGGCGCUGUGUGGCGGCUGAGUUCUCUGCCAUGCUGAUCUUUGUCCUGCUUGGCCUCGGUUCAACCAUCAACUGGGGCACUGAGGAUCCCCACCCCCCCGACCUCGUGCUCAUCUCUCUCUGCUUUGGCCUGACUAUUGCCACCAUGGUGCGGUGCUUCGGCCACAUUAGCGGGGCUCAUAUCAAUCCAGCGGUCACAGUAGCCAUGGUUGUGACCAGGAAGCUGAGCCUGGCUAAAGCAGUCUUCUACCUCCUGGCCCAGUGUGUGGGAGCCACAGUUGGGGCGGCCGUACUGUACGGGAUCACCCCAGCCGCUGUUAGGGGUGGGAUGGGAGUCACUGAGGUGAAUGACAGCAUCUCUGUGGGUACCGCCCUGGUCGUAGAACUCUUCAUCACCUUUCAGCUGAUCUUCACCAUCUUUGCCACCUGUGACCACAAACGUAAAGAUCUCAAAGGUUCAUCUGCUUUGGCUAUCGGCCUUUCUGUUUGUGUUGGGCAUCUGUUUGCUAUUCCCUUCACUGGAGCCAGUAUGAACCCUGCUCGGUCCUUCGGCCCAGCGAUGGUCACAUGGUCCUGGGACAACCACUGGGUGUACUGGGUGGGUCCGUCAAUGGGUGGCACCCUGGCUGCAGCUCUUUAUGAAUACCUGUUCUGCCCCGACCCAGAGGUGAAGAAACGCGAGACUUUUGUGAAGACGCCCUUCACUGCUGCUAAACAACGCCAGGAUUCAGCCACGGCCCAGGAGCCUCUCUUCACUGUCAUGGAUGUAGAAAGAGCUGAGAGGAGGGAGAGGGAGGUGUCUGGGGAGGUGCUGUCCUCUGUGUGACUAGAAAGAAAAGAAAGCACCAAUGCUCCAAAUGCUGCCGUCUGCUCCUGUAGACGGGCGCAUUAAAACAGUCAUGGUUGAAGCAGGAAGACUGAACACUUCACGAGGGGGGGGCUUCUUCUUUUGGCAACCAAAAAGCUUGUUUUUGUUAGUUUA